AUGUCUUCUGCACUCCAACUCGACAGACAUUUCCUGUGGGGUUUCGCGACGGCAAGCUACCAAAUUGAAGGCGCUGCACAAGAAGAUGGACGCGGAGACUCGAUCUGGGACACCUUCUGCCGCCAAUCUGGGAAGAUCGCAGACAAGUCCAGCGGCGAUGUAGCGUGCGACAGCUACCAUCGCUACAAAGAAGAUGUAGCCCUCCUCAAGCAACUCGGGGCAAAAGCGUAUCGUUUCAGCAUCUCGUGGUCUCGCGUCAGACCUCUGGGCGGACGCAAUGAUCCCGACAACGAGAAAGGCCUGCAGUACUACGAGCAUCUCGUGGACGAGCUGCUUGCGAACGGUAUCACUCCGAUGCUCACGCUCUUUCACUGGGAUUUGCCUCAAGCCCUGUACGAUCGUUACGGCGGUUUCCUCAACAAAGAUGAGUAUGUCCUAGACUAUGUGAGCUACUCUAGACUCAUCUUCGAGCGACUUGGUCCCAAGGUGAGAUACUGGAUUACCUACAACGAGCCCUGGUGUUCUUCAAUCUUGGGCUAUGCAGAUGGGUACUUCGCUCCAGGUCACAAGAGUAGCACUGAGCCUUGGCUCGUAGGUCACAACAUCCUGAUCUCCCACGCCGCUGCUGUGAAGGUGUAUAGGGAGGAGUUCAAGGAGCAGCAGAAAGGCAUCAUCGGCAUCACACUCAACGGGGACUGGGUGGAACCGUGGGAUCCAGCUGACCCUCGAGAUGUGCAAGCCUGCCAACGCAAGCUCGAAUUCACGAUCGGCUGGUUUGCGGACCCCAUCUAUAAAGGCGACUACCCUGCUAGUAUGAGACAGCAGCUCGGGGAGCGUCUUCCAGAGUUCAGUGCCGACGAGCAAGCGCUUCUGCACGGCUCGAAUGACUUCUAUGGGAUGAACCACUACACUGCAGACUACAUUCGCGAUAUCCAGGAUAUCCCCGCGGAAGCAAACUCUAACGGUAACGUGGAGAUUCUGAAAGUGAACAAGGCUGGAGACACAAUCGGACCGGAGACACAAAGCGUCUGGCUCCGACCGUACCCAGUCGGGUUCAGAAAACUGAUGAGGUGGAUCUCUGAUCGGUAUGGCAAGCCAAUCAUUUAUGUGACGGAGAAUGGAACGAGUCUGAAGGGCGAGAACGACUUGCCAGUGGAGCAGCUGCUGGAAGACGAUUUUCGCGCGGAGUACUUUCGCAAUUAUAUUACAGAGCUUGCAAAGGCACAGAACCUUGACGGCGUCGAUGUGAGAGGCUACAUGGCUUGGUCAUUGCUCGAUAACUUCGAGUGGGCGGAAGGGUACGAGACACGAUUUGGAGUGACGUACGUCGACUACACGGGUGGGCAAAAACGUUACCCCAAGAAGAGCGCUCGAGUCAUUGGAGAAGUAUUCUCGUCUCUCUGUCAGAGUUGA